CUAUUCCCCCACCUUUUCUCUCUUCCUCUCAGCUUUUUUGUUUACUCCCUUCUCUCUCUCUCGAAAUCGUUUCUCUCCGCUAGGGUUUCGAUUUUCUUUACAGAGAUUACGAAUCUGCAUUGGAGUUUUACAGAUCGAGGUUUGUUACUAGAUAAGCUUUCGAUUGGUGUUUUUUUUUGUUCGAUUUGAAGCUCGUUUGGUUGUUAAAACUACAGGCGAAGAAGAGAUCGGGUUAUUGAACUGGAAUGCUGUGAAGAAUCAUAAGUUUUAGGUUCAUGCGAUGAGCAAUUGAUUCAGUGCUGGACCUGAAGUCUACUUCAGAUUUUAGAUAUAAGUAACACUCAGUGACGUGAUAGGAAGGGAGUACAAAUUGGCGGUACUGGGGUUUGUUGACAAAGCAUUAAUGGGAUGACUAGAGUUGUUGACUGGGUGUUGCACUUGGGUUUUGAACACGCAACGAAUUCGAGUUUGUGUUGAUAAUUGGCUGAAGUUGUCACAUGUAUGGUUCUUUUGUGCUCCAGAAUUGUUCAAUAUAAUCUGGAAGCUGCUGCCUCAUUCUUAUUGCAUUAAGAAGUAGGCUUUGACGUCUCUGUAGGGCUCUUCCCGUCUCCAUGCUGGCAGAGAGCAUGCGUGGAAUCUGUGCUUCGGGUAAUGCCCCUGACCAUACUCGUCGCCGAUGCACUCGGUGUGGUGACAAUUUGUCUAGUCUCUCUGUUAGUACUUCUGGGAUUAUUCUGCAUCCUGUACUCAAUCUACUUCCGCACUUGUACAAGAACGCAGAGUUUAAUUCAACUAGGUUACUUCAAUAAACCUUGGGUCAUCCGGAUUACCCUUAUUCUGUAUGCGUUUUGGUGGGGUUUUGGCGAGGUUGCCAGGUUAACUUUAUUGAGACGAAGGGAUAAAGUAGUAUAUGAUCUUGGCUUGAAAUGGCAGCAGAAUAUUUGCAAAAUCUACGUCCUUUCAAAUCUUGGAAUUGCAGAACCAUGCUUUCUUCUGACCAUUGUGUUUCUCCUUCGCGCAUCCUUGCAGAAAAGGGAGUCUGGGACUUUAAGCCGGCAGUGGAAUGCGAAGACAGCCGGUUAUGUUCUUUUGAAUUGCCUCCCAUUAUUUCUUCUUCAGUGCAUCUUAGUUUUAGCAGGUCCAAAAUUCAACGAAAAGAAGAGCCAUGUAUGGAAGAAGGUGCCUCAUUACUUUACAAGCACAUCUACUCUUCUUAAUGAUGACAUUGCCAUGUGUACGUACCCCUUACUUAGCACAAUCCUCCUAGGGCUGUUUGCCACUGUCUCUACUGGUUAUUUGCUGUUGCUUGGUAGGCGAAUGGUCUCUUCGGUCAUAAACAAGGGUUUGCAGAAGAGAGCUCUCUUUCUCAUAUGCAUGGUCUCUGGUGUCUUUCCAUUAAGGGUUAUUCUACUUGGAUUAUCUGUUUUAUCCCUUCCAGAGCAGAAGUUAUUUGAGGGUCUUGUUUUCUCUGCUUUCCUUGUGCUAUUAGUUUCUGCCUGCUUGGGUAUCUGCAUGCUUGUUUAUUGUCCAAUUGCGGAUUCUUUGAGACUAAGAAGAGAUUUAGGAGAUUUGGAAAUUGGAAGAAGAAGAAGGUCCUUGGAUGAUCAAAAUGAUACUGCAUCUCUCAUCGCGAACCAAGUACUUCUUGAGGCAAGCUCAGUUACUAGUCUCGAGAGAAAUUCUGAUGCUUCUGCGAAGCGUGGAUCAAUCUCUUUUCGGACUAUGCUGAAAGAUGAAACUCCAAAUGCCGAAGCGUUUGAAGAAGUCAGCCUCUUCUCUUCUGCUCAUAGACGCCAACUUGAAUCUCCACCCGCCUCUCCACCAGCUCCAGGCCAGCCCAUGCUUCCUCUGAAACAAAAAGUUCCAGACGUAUAAAGAAGUCAAGGAAAGACUUAAAGUGACGGCCCUGGUGAUGCUUAAAUCAGUUUUGUGGUUAAGGUUAUUAUAUGUAAAUGGCCAAGUGUUUAACGAUAAUGAUUUAAUAAGGGAUCGCUGUGCAUAGGAAAUUCAGUAACUGGUGUUCUAAUUCUUUUCUUUUUUAUCUGAUGAGAUGCCCCUUAUGUGUCUGCA